ACUAAGCCCAUUGUUUCUCUCGAUCUUCUCUUCUCUUCUUUCUCUCUCUGAAUUUCUCUGUGGAGCUCCAUCGAUGGCGGGUCGAGGCAAAGCUUUGGGAUCUGGGACCGCCAAGAAGGCCACGUCACGGUCGAGCAAGGCCGGGCUUCAAUUUCCGGUGGGGCGUAUCGCCAGGUUCUUGAAGGCUGGCAAGUACGCCGAGCGAGUCGGUGCCGGAGCUCCGGUCUACCUCGCUGCCGUGCUUGAAUACUUAGCCGCAGAGGUUCUGGAAUUGGCUGGAAAUGCGGCAAGAGACAACAAGAAGACUCGAAUUGUGCCACGCCACAUUCAACUCGCUGUGCGAAAUGAUGAGGAGCUCAGCAAGCUUCUCGGAGAUGUGACAAUUGCCAAUGGUGGUGUCAUGCCCAACAUUCACAACCUUCUGCUCCCAAAGAAGGCCGGUGGCUCCUCCAAGGCCGCGGCCGGCGAUGACGACUGAGUCUGUUUGAAGAUGGAAAAAAAAAGGACCGGUCUUGACGGUGUCAUAAAAGUGUUGCAUAUCAGAUCUAGUUUCUUAUUUGUAGUUUCUUGAGUUGUAGCUUUUGGAGGGUAGUAGUUGUAGGGUUAUAGGUAGUGUUCUGUGAAUAUAAUCCAUCUUCUACUAGUUUCUUAUUAUAAGAGAUUGUGGGAACUUCUUUUUA